AUGGUCCAAAUAGAGCAUGGCUCGAAGGUCGAUCUAGGCGGCACCAUGGAAGCUCUACGAUCAUCAUCUGACGAUACUGUGGAAACCGCACUCGGCGCAUCUGAAAAGAAACCAGAACAAAAUGAACUGUGGAAUUGGGAUGAUGACCCUAGCAAUCCUUAUAACUGGCCGACAAGUCAAAAGGUUCUACAAGUGAUGAUGAUUGGAUGGGCGGCUUUCACAACAACUGUGGGAGUAUCUAUACUAUCACCUGCUCACUCGCAGUUCAUGGAAGAAUUCGAGGUUGGCAGCACGGUCGCUAUCUUACCGUUGUCACUCUACGUCUUCGCCUUGGCCCUUGGACCUAUUGUUGGAGGGCCUCUUUCCGAAACUGUUGGGAGAUACCCAGUCUACAUAGGGUCAGUUGGACUGGGUACCUUAUUUACCCUAGGUGUAGGGUUUUGUCCCACAUUUUCUGGGGUGUGCAUUUUACGUUUCUUGGCUGGUUUCUGCUACGCACCGAGUCUGGCAGUUGCGGCCGGGACUCUCAAUGAGACCUUUAAGCCCGCGGCGCGCGCUAUUCCUUCCGCUAUAUUUAUCCUUACUCCUUUCCUGGGUCCUGGUUUAGGGCCUGUCAUUGGAAGUUUCAUUGUGAAUCGGAAAGGAUGGCGUUGGACACAGUGGACAAUGAUCUUCUUCGCCAUUCUCACUGGUUUCACGGUCCUACUUUCAAAAGAAACCUUCCACCCUAUGAUCAAACGUCGUCGUGCCAAGGAACUCGGAUUAGAGCUACCCCCAUCAUCCCCGCUUUCUUCCCAGCUACGCUUAUUUGUAACCAUUUCCCUCCUCCGCCCCAUUCAUAUGCUCAUAACCGAACCCAUCGUUGGAUUCAUUUGCCUUUACAUUGCGUGUGAAUUUGCGACACUCUUCUCAUUCUUCGCAGCCUUCCCAUUGAUCUUCCAAGGUAUCUACCAUUUCAACAUCGAGGAGUCCGGCCUUGUCUUCUUAGCCAUUGUAGUCGGGUGUCUCCUAGGAACAGUGACAGUCAUAUUAUGCAACUUCUUCCUUUACCUCCCCAAAGCUUCAAAGCAUCCUGACGGACAAGCACCACCCGAAUAUCGGCUUUAUCCAGCACUAAUAGGGAGUGUUGGGCUACCGAUCGGUCUGUUCUGGUUUGCAUGGACUUCAAGGGCCGAUAUCUCUUGGGCAAGUCCCAUAGUUGCAAUCAUUGUUUUUGCAUGGGGAAAUCUAUGCGUCUUCGUUAGCACAACGCAAUAUCUCGUUGAUACUUAUCAUGGUCUUACUGUCGCAAGUGCCAUGAGCGCCAAUGGUCUCGCGCGAUAUGGGCUUGGGGCUGUGUUCCCUCUUUUUACCGUUCAAAUGUACACUAAGCUCGGUGCAGGGUGGGCCUCCAGCUUGCUUGGGUUUAUUGCAGUGGGACUUUUGCCUGUUCCAUGGGUCUUCUUCAAGAAAGGAAACAAAUUGAGAUCUUUGAGUAAAUAUGAAACCGCGGAGAAUACUAAGUGA